AUGGAAAGAAGGCUGAUAAAAAAAGGAAGUUUAAUAGAUGCCCAGCUUCAAAAUCAAAUUGCUACAGAGAAAGAAAAAUGGCGACAAAUACUUAAGAGGGUGUUGUGUUGCAUUCAGUAUUUAGCCAAACAAAAUUUGGCCCUAAGAGGCCACAGAGAAAGUAUCACUGAGAGUCAAAGAAACGCUGGAAAUUUAAUAGAACUUCUGAAGCUCAUCGCAGAAUUUGAUCCAAUUAUGAAUUGCCACCUUUCGUAUGUGCAGCAAAAUCCAGGAUCAACUACAUACCUUUCGCCAGAAAUUCAAAAUGAAUUUAUCCAGUUUCUAGCAGCUGCAGUUAGAGAAAAACUUGUGUGUGAUAUCCAACGUGCCAAAUACUAUGGUAUACUGUUUGAUUCAACUCCUGACGCUGCUAAUCAAGAGCAAAUGUCGGAAACUAUUAGAUAUGUAGAUAUUGACUUUGAGGAGAAAACUGUUGUUAUAAAAGAGUGUUUCCUAGGAUUCAUUCAAACUCAUAAAAAAGAUGCAGCAAGUAUAGCAGGUAUAAUAUUACAACAACUAGAAAAAGACAAAUUAGCUUUCAAAGACUGUCGAUCACAGUGUUAUGACAAUGCGCCUGUAAUGUCCGGCUACAAAUCAGGAGUGCAACAAAGACUCACAGCACUUAACCCAAAAGCUAUAUUUGUUAACUGUGAUAAUCAUACACUUAAUUUAGUUGGGGUUCAUGCUGCUAAUCAUGAGGUAGCUUCUUUGACGUUUUUUAGUACCAUACAAGCUAUCUAUGUUUAUUUUUCAAGAUCAACUCUCCGAUGGAAAAGACUGAAAACUGCUCUAGGUGUAUCGUUGAAGUCGAAGUCAGAAACUCGUUGGAGUGCCAGAGUAGAAGCUGUUAAACUGGUACAUGAUCAACUCGAAACCUUAGUAGAGUUAUUUGAAAAUAUUGCAGAGGAUCAUGAUGAAAAUGCAGAUACAAGAAGUGAUGCAAUUCAAUUGUUGCAUCGGAUCUUAACUUUUGAGUUUUUUGUUCUUCUUCGAUUCCGGAAUACAGUACUUGCCAAGAUUGACAGGGUUCAGAAAAGGCUUCAAGACCCCACUAUGAAUUUCCACAAUGCUGCUCGAGAUAUUCAAGCUUUACAAGACUAUCUUCUACAAAACAGAGAUGAGAUAUGCAUGAAAUCUCUUGGAGACGCCAAGGAACUGUGUAAUGCUUGUGAUGUCCAAGCUGAAAGACGACAGAGAAAGAAGAAGAAAAUGCCUGGAGAAAUUGCAGAAGAUGUAGGACUCACAGCAGAAAAUGAAAUGCCGCGAUUGAUGAAAAGUAUGCUGGACAAAAUACACAUAGAAAUGGCAGACAGAUUCAUCAGCUUAAAGAAAGUAGACUCUAAUUUUGGCUUUCUUUUAGAUAUAAAUGGACUAAUGGCUACAGGCUACGAAAGUAGCUUGAAACAGUGCUGA